AUGAGCAUUAUGCAGUCGGGUGCUACCAAGGUCAACUUUUCAGAGUGCCACAGAGCCUUGCCAAUCUACGUCACAAGGGUUGACGAGAACGCUUUGCAAGGGACAGCGCUGACGUUCAUGGACCCAUAUGUGCCCAGAGUGUAUGACGACGACACUGGAAAGAACGGCGUAUUUUCGCUGACGUUGCUAAACAAUAAUGGAACGUUUGAGAUCACACCAAAUGUCGCAGAGCGGAGCGCUUCGUUCCUUAUUCGUGUACGAGACAAUUCGUGGCUGGACUUCGAGCAAAGGCAAUCGGUUCAGUUUAAGAUUCUGGCCCAGGAAUUGGGGCCAGCCACAAAUCUGUCGGCCAUGGUUAACGUCACGGUAUACAUAAACGACGUAAACGAUAACACGCCUGUCUUCGAUCAACCGGGCUAUACGGUAGAGCUGCCGGAGAACAUGACGGUAGGCACAAAAGUCGUGCAGGUGCACGCAAGCGACCUCGACACGGGAUUGGGUGGAAAGGUGCGAUAUACAGCAAUCCUCGGAUACCUUAACACUUCUCUCAACCUGAAUGCGGAAACCGGCUUGAUAACUGUAGCGACCAACAGCCAUGGAUUCGAUCGCGAACUAAUGCCCGAGUAUCACCUGUAUGUGGAGGCUCGGGAUAUGGACGGUGCUGGAAAUCGAGCCCAGGUUCCCCUCAUCAUCAAGCUCAUUGAUGUAAACGAUGAAGUGCCCGUCUUCGAUAAGGACUUGUACGAGUUCAUACUCGCAACCGACCUAAUGGGCUUUACAACCAGCGCCUUCAUUCAUGCCACUGACAAGGACGCAACAGCGCCGAACAAUGAAGUGCGCUACGAGCUGAUCAACGGCAACUAUCAGAACAAAUUUGUACUGGACAAGGUGACAGGCGAGCUAACGGUCCGGGAAAAGAUAAAUCUGCGUUCCAAAAAGUACGUCAGUCAGCGAAGGCGUCGAGAUGUUGACGCGACGCCGCCAAUCGGCAAUGAAGACGAUUUAUUCAUACUGACCGCUCGAGCCUACGAUCUAGGAGUACCAGUGCGUUCAUCGACCACCUCCAUACGCAUUUACCCACCAGAGAGUCGCAAGCGCAUUGUGACGUUUGUGGUGCCUGGCAGCAAGCUGGACAAGCGCAAGACAGAGGAAACACUAUCGGCGAUAACGGGCGGAAAGGUUUACAUCCAUGAAAUACGACCGCUAAGGCCCGAGGAGCCGGGAGCUAAAGACAUACCCAAUGACAAUCCGAACAUCAAGGAACGGAGUGUGGUCACGGCGACCGUGCUGUACGACAGCUCAUCUGUGGUUGACAUCUCGCAGAUACAGCAGCGACUCUCGCAGCACAAUAACUCGUACUCAAUCAUGCCGGAAGACACAACGCGGACCGACGUAAGUAAUCCU